CGAUGGGAAUCGUAAAAGUCAACGAGUCGAAUUCUUCAAACUCGUCGCAAGAAAUUUUCCAAGAAAUAUCGACUAUUCGGUAUUCACUCGCUCCCCUACCGUAUAUUAAGAUUCAUCGCCCGACGGUUAAUCGCCGUUGUCCUCAAUUCAACGGCGUCGUAUCGUAUCCCUCGUCAACCGUCGGCCUCAAUUUCAUCAAACAGUUCGAGGGACAAAGAAAAAGUUUUUGGAUUCAGUCACUGUGACGGACCCAUCUCCAUUUUUCUCAAAGGAUUCCUCUUUUGUCAUUUGGAGCAACACCACAAAGUUUGCAAGUGAAAAAUCUUCUGUUCUGUUCGUCCAUGGCGUGGUGGAGGAAAUUAGUUUCCUUCUUCUCUUUCCCAACUAUAUUUCAGGGUGGGACAAGGGAGAUAGAUCCAGCAGCACAUACAAUAAAAUCCCAUGGAGCCAAAGUUGCAAAGAUUCACUUACAUGAUUGGCUGAUACUUCUGCUUCUUGUUGCAAUUGAAGUCACUUUAGUGUCAAUUCAUCCAUUUUACCGCUAUGUGGGAAAGGAUAUGAUGGAAGAUCUUAAGUUCCCCUUCAAAGAUAAUACAGUUCCUGUAUGGUCUGUCCCUUUGUAUGCUGUUAUACUGCCUAUUUUGAUAUUCCUGUUCAUCUAUAUACGGCGGAGGGACGUCUAUGAUCUGCAUCACGCCAUUUUAGGCCUAUUAUUUUCUGUCCUGAUUACCGCUAUCAUCACCGACGCUAUAAAGAAUGGCGUUGGCCGCCCUCGACCCAACUUCUUUUGGCGUUGCUUUCCCGAUGGCAAAGAGGCCUACGAUCGAUCGGGAAACGUGAUAUGUAGCGGGAAGGAGAGCGAAAUAAGGGAAGGACACAAGAGUUUCCCUAGUGGUCAUACUUCAUGGUCCUUCGCAGGCUUGGGAUUUCUUGCCUUUUACCUAUCUGGGAAGAUCCAAGCAUUUGAUGGCAGAGGACAUGUUGCAAAACUAUGCCUCGUCUUUCUCCCACUGCUCGGCGCAUCGCUCGUGGGCGUUUCUAGAGUGAAUGACUAUUGGCACCAUUGGCAAGACGUGUUCGCCGGGGCUAUUAUAGGAUUGGUCGUUUCAGGAUUUUGCUACCUUCAAUUCUUCCCACCUCCCUAUAAUGACAAUGGAUGGGGACCAUACGCUUACUUCCAAGCACAGGAGGAGUUUCGUGCCAAUGCAAAUGUGACUCGAUCCAUGGCUGUCGGUGAUGCGCCUGUACCUGAGCUACGUCCGAGACCAAAUGGAGAUACGUACUUCACACCAUCGCCUUUGCAUCGAGUGCCCAGCCAAACCUACGACGACAUGGAAAUGGGGGGAAGAUGAUUGAUACAGUUUGUUAUCUCCGUGGAGGUCUUUUUCUUUGCUUUUGCUUGGUGUUUAGGAGACUAUAUUUUUUGUGUGAAUAGAUGUAAUGUAAUAGAAGUGGUUGAGAUAUUUGAAUCUAGUAGCUUCAUGAAUAAGAAAACCAGUUUCUUUUUCCUCU